AUGGAUUCUGUUAAAUUACAUGAGCUAUUACUUCUAGAAGUCAACUACCAAUAUGAGAGUCGAUCUGUUGGUGAUACCACGAGGCCACCUUUAUGUCUACUGCUUUUGGGACUACCUUUAGAUGACCACGAGAAGUUUGAAAUCCAAAGAUCAAUUGCAAUUCCACUACGGCUGCAAGUGAUUAACGAUCAAGACGGUCAAUUUGUGUAUGAUCUAGAUCAAGUUACCAGAAGAAUUAAGCUUGCCAGGGAGACGAAUCCCCAAUUACAACUAUGUGGGAUAAUGGUGGUUAACGAUCAAAUAUAUGAUUAUGAGAAACCCAUUGAGAGUUUAAUGCAACAUUUCGAAGGCCAAAUUGAGUAUUUAUUUACCUAUAAACCUGAUUCAAAUGCAGAAAUGGGUCGCAAAUUGAAUGGAUUCAGUCUUUUACCACAGAGACAACGAAUUGGGUAUCGAUUAAUACACGGUAAAGUGAACAUCGAAACUCAGAAGAUUGACGCCAGUAUAAAUUCCUCUUUACCUGAGAUUUCCGAUAGACAGCGUAUGGACCAAGAAUUGUCAUUUGUUCAAAAGCUAACUCAAGAAAUUGACAAAAUGAUUCGCUACUUGGAUCUUGCCCAACCGUCAGAUGCAGUGCUGAGAAAGAUAUCGAUGCUAGUCUCACAAUUGAAGAGAGGCCCUACAACUGACAUUGAAGAAAUGAUUAUGAAUAAAGAAGGUGAAAUUAAUGCGCUGCGCACCAUUUGUGAACAAUGGGAAAUGGGGGUCGAACUGGGUGAUUAG